UUGUGAAUGUGAGCAUCGGCGAUUGACUUCGCUGGUGUGGUGGUCAUGCAGCGUGGCUGAAUAUGAAGUACUGGGAGUACUGAUGAUGCGACCUGUCCCCAUGGAUGUAUAG